AUGUACAUUUUCUAUUCUCUCGCGGCCGUUGCCGCCCUUGCAGCAGCCAGUCCUCAAGGCAUCCCAAGCAGCAUACCACCCGUCUCGAAAGCCCCCAACUUCCGCAUCACCGCAGCAUUCGCCCAGGACUCGCCGCUCAGCGAAGUCGCAGGAGGCUGGAAUCUGACAUCCUACCACAUCACGCCCUGCUACGACUACGCCGUCUUCACGAAUCACACCGGCCGCACCUUCUAUGCGAAUGGCACCGACGAGCAAUUCGCCAACCACACGUCCAACCUCCUCAGCGACGGCGGCACACCGCCCUGGCCAUGGGGAACUGUUGUCGCCGCCGCGAACGCCACCGAUGACGAAGGGCGGAGGCCCGUGUAUAUCAACUGCGGGCAGGGCACGCCGGGGUUCCAGGUCGCGGACUGGCCGGGGACGGUGUAUUAUGGCACCGGGACGUUUUACGUUUGCAAUGCGACACUGCUGUAUGGACCUGCUAUUGCGCUGUAUUGGAGGAAGAAGGUGGACCAAACGCCGGAGGGAUGCGCGAAUGUAGAGUUGCAGGCUUGGUGCUUGGACGAUGAUACGGAGCAUGAGUUGCAGAGAAACUCGACGUGUUAUGGGACGACCCCUUACCCCCCGAGGCUGCGCUGA